AUGUUUACGAGUUGGAUAUCACAUUCGCCUGGGACUGGUCCAAGGCUGACCUUGGUGAGCUAGAGAAUGUUCUGAGAGGGUCGAGUAUAUCUAUUCUUCGGCUUGAUCUCGGAUGGGACCAAGAAAGCAUUUCCAGGAAAAAAACUUCCACCAUAUAUGCGAUAUGACUUACUCCUUCGGAUCAUAGGGCUUAGAACUAUGAAAACAAUCCAUAUUAUACUAUCCCCCGAGCUCACAGACCUUUGCACUUUACAAAGCAGGAAGCCGCCACACCUUCAUAACCUAUCCUUUGAUAUGAGGCCUCGAGGGCUUGAUGUUAGUGAGCUUCCAGUACUUUUAGGCUCACUCAAGGAUUUGAACAUUUUGGACUUGAGAUAUUGCGCUAUCGGGGAUUAUGGAGUUCUUAUACUCUCAGAGACAUUCAAGUCCAACACGACAUUAGUGGAUUUAAUAUUACGAUCCAACGGCAUUGAUAACGCUGGAGCUUGUGCACUCUCAGAGGCGCUCAAGGUCAAUAAGACUUUGCUCACUUUGGACUUACAGUUCAAUAUGGUUGGGCAUAAAGGAGCUGUGGCACUGGCAGAGGCACUCAAGGUCAACAGGACUUUGAAAUAUUUGGACUUGAAGCACAACGCAAUAGGAGGGUCGGGAGUUUUUGCGCUGUCAAAGGCACUCAAGGUCAACAAGAUUGUGGCUUUAAAUAGAUGAUGGAUGCAUUGGUUGAUAACCAAUUUUGAAAUCUAAAUAGUCUUGAGGCAGUUAAGGAAGAUAGCUCAGUCUUAGUAAACAACUUGCUGGCAGGAG